AUGCAACAACGACGAGAUGAGAUUCUAGCGAAGAAGGCAAAGCUUGCCGAGCUCAAGCGACAACGAGAAUUAAGGGCGAACCAGGCUGCCACUGCUGCUAGACCCAGCAUCGGCGGAUCCAGUGAUCUCAUCUCCCCCACCCCAGGCCGCGACAAUCGCAAGGUCAUCGAGUCCCUAAUUAAUAGUCUAGUAGGUGACAGUAGGCCUGCCUCUUCCACAACAGGUGCUGCCUCUCCCGGCUUUCGAGGCAGUCGACCCAACAGCGUCCUCAGUACCGAUGAACUGAGCGGUGAGCACUCCGAGUAUGCCUCCCAGGCAAACGCCCAGCUUGCCUCUUCCCAUCCACAGGUUUUGACCACUGUGCCUCUUCAAACUAUAUUUGAGUGUCCGCCAUCUCCGGUCAAAGAAGUAGUAUCCUACAGUAAAAGUGUUCAAACCAACGAUGAUUGGACGCCUCCGACCUCCCGACCUCGAGCUUUCUCGGAUCUUGAUGAUGAAGAUCUUCCUGCCACAACGUCCACUCCUAGUAAGCGACUGAGCAAGUGGAAACGUGACAGAGAAGAGGAAUUGCGCCAGAAUUUACGGCUAGAAAUUGAGGAGGAGUUGAAGGCAGCCCGUGAGCUGAUUACCGACGGACCAUUGCAGUCUAGUUCUGUCGCCACAUCCAACUUCCCUGCAAGGGCAUUGAAUAACGAGGAGCUGGCCGCUGUCGUGGCGUCAGAUGACUUCGUGGAAUUCGUCGAGCGCUCCACCAAAGUUAUUGAACGAGCCCUCGAUAUCAGUAACGAAUAUGAUAUCUUGACGGACUAUUCACUCCAGGCUCAUGACAUCGAAGAUGAGGAUGAGCAGGCGGGCAACACUGGUGGUAAAGGUCGCCGGCGAGUCAAGGAAAUCGUUCAGUUCUACGAUGAUCGAUGGUCUAAAAAGCGCAUGAUCAGCAGCAUCGACUUCUCGCCAAAAUUUCCCGAGCUUCUUCUCGCUUCUUACACCAAAAACCCAUCUGCCCCUCAUGACCCUGAUGGCAUUGUGCAAGUGUGGAACCAACACCUUCACGAUCGAUCCGAGUUUCUCUUUCAUGCCCAGUCUGAUAUUCUCACGGCCAAAUUCUCCCCUUUUCACCCUAAUCUAAUUAUAGGCGGCACUUAUUCCGGCCAGGUCCUUCUUUGGGAUACACGCGCCAAAUCCGCUCCUGUACAAAAAACGCCCUUGACAGGCUCUGGCCAUUCGCAUCCCGUUUAUUCCGUCGACAUCGUCGGUACUCAAAAUGCAAAUAAUAUCAUAUCAGUUUCUACUGAUGGCGCCUUCUGUGUGUGGAGCGUCGACAUGCUUUCUCAGCCGCAAGAAUCUCUCACUCUUACCACCCCCCCUCCCAACAAGUUUGAAGACCUCGCGCCCACCACCAUGGCGUUUCCCCAGGCAGACCCAACGUAUUUCCUUGUCGGGUCAGAAGAAGGGCCGAUCUACCCGUGCCAUCGGUACGACCGUGCUGGCGCCAAAGCCGGCGUUGACUCCCGCGUGUCCUACAAGGGACACGCUGCCCCCGUCAUGAGUGUCAACUUCCACCCGGCGCGCGGCUUCGUAGAUCUAGGCGACCUAGUGCUCUCUUCGUCUCUUGACUGGUCCGUCAAGUUGUGGAAAGUGCGCGCCCCGGCCGCCACGAGCACUAUUGUCGAGAGCGCAGGCACUGCUGUUCCGCCCCUCCUCGAGUUUGUGCGUGAGGAUGUUGUAUAUGAUGCCGCGUGGUCCCCCGUACGCCCUGGUGUUUUUGCUCUCGUUGACGGGGCUGGAUCUCUCGAACUCUGGGACAUUACCGUCGAGACUGAGAUCCCCGUAGCCAAAAUCAGUCCCACUCCACGUAAGGAUGGCCGCCAGUUGCUCUGCAAGAGCCUGAACAAGGUCGCAUGGGAGGGUAGUGAGGGUAAGCGACUAGCUACGGGGGGUAUCGAUGCUGUAGUGAGUGUGUUUGAGGUUGGGCCCGACCUGGGUGGCAAGGAGGCGGCUAGAAGUGAGGAGUGGACAAACGUCAAGAAGCUCGUCGCAAGGCUUGAGGCCGUAAGCGGAGGUGUCGUCGGCUUUGCGUAAGAGGUCUGGGGUGUAUUACGUGGUUCUAAAGUUUGGAGAGGAGUUACUGAGAGUUGCUUGCUUCUGGUUGUGAGCUUCAAUGUGUUAAGGAGUGGCUACACUGUAUGCGUCUACGUAUUAUACCCUGCCUGACAAUGGCAUUUGUCAAACGAUGGAAUCACAUAGUCCACGUGGUGUUGGCUCCCAACUGAAACUAGGAUAUCUCGGUACCUUCUGACUACCUAGCAGUUAAACGUUCAGAUCGUGCUACUAUAACUAU